UCAUUUGUUCUCUCUACCCUGCAGAACGAAAAGAAAGCCUUUUACUUUUCUCUCUGCGAGGGUUAAGCGAUUCAUAGCCACAGAGAGAGACCUACCAACACACGCAUUUCUAUAUAAAGCACCCGAUCAUUUCUCGCCUCCAUAUUUAAUCUCUCACCAUUAAUCUUCUGAUUUGUGUUGGUGACUUUGUUUAUAAUGGCGGCAACUGCUACUGCUACUGUUGGUCCACGAUAUGCACCGGAGGAUCCUACUCUACCCAAACCAUGGAGAGGUUUAGUUGAUGGUAAAACUGGUUACCUGUAUUUUUGGAAUCCAGAGACCAAUGUCACCCAGUAUGAAAAGCCUGGUGGUGCUGCAGCUCUUUCAUCUAAGCCAACUUCAACGCCCAUAAGCUCUUCAAUUCAAGUUCAGCAGUCACGACGUGCUUAUAGCCCUGUUAAGGAAGAUGAUAGGUAUGGCAGAGGCAACAAUGGUGGAUCAAAACCUGAUGCUGGAACAAAGAUUGAUCAGACUGCGAGAGUGGGAGCAGCUCCAUCUCAAAAUGUUUCAAGUGGAAUGACUGAUGGAUAUGCCAAGCCUUCUGCUCAGGGAUAUGGUCCAUCAGCUGGUGGAAGCAGUUUGUCUCCAGAGGCGUAUCGUCGUCAGCAUGAUAUUUCAGUUACCGGAGAUGAUGUGCCACCGCCACUUACUUCAUUUGAAGCCACUGGAUUUCCUUCUGAGCUUCUGAGAGAGUUACACAGUGCAGGGUUCUCUGCCCCAACUCCAAUUCAGGCACAAUCAUGGCCUAUUGCUCUGCGGAGUAGAGACAUAGUGGCCAUUGCUAAGACUGGCUCAGGUAAGACCUUAGGCUACUUAAUUCCUGGGUUUAUGCAUCUCAAGCGCUGCCAUAAUGACCCUCAGCUGGGUCCAACUGUAUUGGUAUUGUCACCAACAAGAGAGCUGGCAACACAGAUACAGGUUGAAGCUUUGAAAUUUGGGAAGUCCUCAAGAUUCUCUUGCACAUGUUUGUAUGGAGGAGCACCAAAGGGCCCCCAGUUAAAAGAACUAGACAGAGGAGUGGAUAUUGUGGUUGCCACUCCUGGCCGUUUGAAUGACAUACUUGAGAUGAGGAGAAUUAGCCUGAGCCAAGUUUCUUACCUUGUAUUGGAUGAGGCUGAUCGCAUGUUGGACAUGGGUUUUGAACCCCAGAUUCGGAAGAUUGUUAAUGAAGUACCUUCUCGUCGCCAAACCCUCAUGUAUACCGCAACUUGGCCCAAGGAAGUUAGGAAAAUUGCAGCAGAUCUGCUGGUCAAUCCUGUUCAGGUCAAUAUUGGCAAUGCUGAUGAGCUUGUGGCAAAUAAGUCGAUCACACAGCAUGUUGAAUUAUUGGCACCCAUGGAGAAACAUAGAAGGCUGGAGCAGAUAAUACGGUCUCAGGAACCUGGGUCGAAAAUUAUUAUCUUCUGUUCUACCAAAAAGAUGUGUGAUCAACUUGCUCGCAAUCUUUCCCGACCAUUUGGAGCUGCUGCUAUUCAUGGAGACAAAUCUCAGAGUGAAAGGGACCAUGUUCUGAAUCAGUUCCGUACAGGGAGGUCUCCAGUGCUUGUAGCGACUGAUGUUGCUGCUCGAGGGCUGGACAUAAAGGACAUCAGAGUGGUUGUCAACUAUGAUUUCCCCACUGGAGUGGAAGAUUACGUUCAUAGGAUUGGCAGGACAGGCAGAGCAGGUGCUAUUGGAAUUGCUCACACAUUCUUUGGUGACCAAGAUGCUAAGUAUGCUUCAGACCUUAUCAAAGUUCUGGAAGGGGCAAGCCAACGUGUUCCUCCAGAGAUUCGAGACAUGGCUUCUCGUGGUGGUGGGAUGAAUAAGUUUAGACGUUGGGGAUCUGCCCCUGGUGGACAUGAUGGAGGCCGUGGCGGUCGUAGUGAUUUUGGCUAUGGUGGAAGGGAUGGUGGAAGAGGUAGUUUUGGAAUGUCUAAUUCCUAUUCCAGUCGUCCAGACAAAGGUGGUCGUGGUGGAUAUGACAAUGAGUCACGAGACAGUAAUGGUAGAGGUCGAAGUCCGGAGGGUUGGGUUGACCGCAGUAAAGGUUGGAGCCGUGAUCGCAGCCGCAGCCCUAAUAGGUUUGACAAAGCUCCACCCACACGCUCUCCUGUGCGUAGUUUUCAUCAGGCAAUGAUGGAAAGAAGUCGGGCAGCACCGCUACUUCAAACUCCGCGUGAUAGGUCUAGAUCUCCUCACUUUGGGGAAGUGGAGGAAGGCAUGAUCCGAGCUGAUGAACGUGGUGUGAUACCGGAUGGAAAUACCCAUCAAUCUUAAUCAAUCCUCUAAUGAUGGUUUCAGCUUUUUCCGAGGUGCCACCCUUCUCCCUCGUCUUUUGUUUUGUAUUUUUUUUGGUUGCAGCUGGAAUUAGGUAUGACACAUGGGAAUAGAAGGUGGGAUAGCUGAGUUUUUGAACGAUUUUAACUAAGCUGGGGGGGUCUUUUGUCUCUUUUCUUCUCCGUGAUUUGGUCUUUUGUAUUUGGCUAAAAAUUAAAAAAGGAAGAAGAAAAAAUAUCCAAGUGUAUUUAUCAUCAUGAGGAUGCAAUGUAAGAAUACUGGUAGAUAUAUUAUGAUGUAUUUGCUGUGUAA